AUGGUCCGCUUACCGCUUCCGCAGCGACUGAGCUCGCAUCUAUCCACGAGAAGCACCAGCUCAACACCCGGACAGAGCAGGAGUACCAGUCCUAUGCGCAUAACGGCCGACGCCAAACCUUUGCUACUCAAAGUCACUGUCAUUCGGGGACGAAAUCUUGCAGCGAAAGAUCGGGGUGGCACGAGCGAUCCUUACUUGGUGGUGACAUUGGGAGAAGGAAGGCAGUCGACGCCGACAAUAUUCAAAUCUCUAAACCCAGAAUGGAACGUGUCAUUCGAAAUGCCCCUCGUGGGUGUUCCAUUAUUGGAAUGCAUCUGUUGGGAUCAUGACCGGUUUGGCAAGGACUACCUGGGCGAGUUUGAUAUUGCAUUGGAAGAUAUUUUCGCCGAUGGGCAAAUCAAGAAUGAGCCAACAUGGUACACCCUGAAGUCGAAACGGGUAUCGAACCGGAAGAAGAAGAACAAGAAAAACAGUAAUGUAUCUGGCGAGAUCUUGCUGCAAUUCUCACUUUCGGACUCGGCAAGCCCAAAUGCGUCGCCGUCAGAAACAUACAAGAAAUUUAAGAAGGUCGUAUGUGCCGGUGAUGAUGAUGACCCAAUUGAAAUCCCGGCGGCAGACCUUGAUGAUUUAGACCGUGAUGAGGAGACAUCUGACGAAACCGAUGAUCUUUCGAAGCCAGAGGUUGUUGAGAAACGCCGUCGAAGGCUUCGUCUGGCUCGGCUAAGAAAGAAAUCUCUUGCUGCUCGCGCGUACCAAUUUUCGGGUACAGGAAGCGGUGUACAAGGAAUUGUAUUCAUGGAGAUCGUCAAGGUGACAGAUCUCCCUCCGGAGAAGAAUGUGACGCGGACAUCAUUUGACAUGGAUCCAUUCGUCGUGACUUCUCUUGGGAGGAAAACGCUCCGGACUCCUGUUGUACGUCAUAACUUGAACCCGGUAUACCACGAGAAAAUGGUCUUUCAGGUAAUGCGACAUGAGAGGAACUACACAAUUGGUUUCACGGUAAUGGACCGAGACAAGUUCUCAGGCAAUGAUUUUGUUGCCUCUGCAGGCUUUCCUCUUCCAACCCUGAUUCAUGCUGCCCCGGAGGCAGACCCAGAGACGGGUCUAUAUCACUUUGUCGAGUCUGAAGAGGACGAAGUUGUUCCACCGGCCAAGUCUAGCUCUCGGCUCCCAAUUAGUUCUUCUCCAUCGUCAUCAAGCCUCUCCAAGAUGGCUCGGCCCACACUGAGGUCGCAUAACUCCGCUACUUCCAUUUCAAGCAACUCUGUCCUCGAGGCUGCCAACAGAGUCCUUCCAACAUCAGUGCCAGAAUUAUCCAGUUCAUUGGAUAGCAGCUCUAAUCUCCAGGUGCCAACCAUCUCGUCUUCAGCCAUCGUGUCGGAGCCUGAGGAUAUCCCACCAGCUGAUGAGGAAGGUUUGCGUUUUUACACUAUUCCUUUGACACUUAAGAACCGGGAACGAUGGGAAGAUAAACAUACGCCGGAGUUAUUUGUGAAAGCCAAAUACCUGCCAUAUACUGCUCUACGACAGCAAUUUUGGAGACUCAUGUUGAAACAGUACGAUGCGGACGACAGCGGCCGCAUUGACAAGAUUGAGAUGACGACCAUGCUCGACACUCUUGGAUCCACACUGAAAGAAUCGACGAUCGACGCCUUCUUCGAGCGUUUCAGUGACGAGAACGCAGCUAGUGCGACAGCCGACUUAAGCUUUGACCAGGCUGUAAUGUGUCUUGAGGAUACACUGCAAGCCUUGCAAAAGAAGAAUGCCACACCCAGUUCGCGGAAUCCAGCACUUGCACCGUCAUCUUUCGGCAGCCAGGAUAGUGAGGAGCCAUCUAGCGGCGAUGAGCUCGUUGUAGAAUCCAGCACCACCAUGCCACACAAUGCUAAGCCGGAUUCAACAGCGGUGCCGACACUCUCUAGCGACGAGGCGGAUCAGCCCAGCUCGAACGACGAAUAUCUCCGACCCGAUGAUCUUGGGGACGAACGGGGCGAAGAACACGUGGUGGAAAUCCGCGAAUGCCCGCUCUGCCACCAGCCUCGCCUUGGCAAGCGAUCUGAUGCGGACAUUAUUACGCAUAUUGCUACCUGUGCCAGCCGUGACUGGCGGCAAGUCGACAACCUUGUCAUGGGCGGAUUCGUGACCUCGAGCCAGGCGCAGCGCAAAUGGUACUCCAAGGUUAUCACCAAGAUCUCCUACGGUGGCUACCGGCUUGGAGCCAAUUCGGCAAAUAUUCUCGUCCAGGACCGCAUUACUGGCCAGAUUAAUGAGGAGCGUAUGAGUGUCUAUGUCCGCCUUGGCAUUCGACUGCUUUACAAGGGUCUCAAGAGCAAGGACAUGGAGAAGAAGAGAAUUCGUCGUGUUUUGAAAUCCCUCAGUAUUAAGCAAGGCCGAAAAUAUGAUGACCCGGCAUCUGUCAGCCAGAUUCGGGAUUUCAUCAAUUUCCACCAGCUGGACAUGACGGAAGUGCUUCUGCCUCUUGAGAAAUUCAACAAUUUCAACGAGUUCUUCUAUCGCGCCUUGAAGCCUGAGGCCCGACCAUGCUCGGCCCCCGAUGAUCCGAGGGUUGUUGUGUCCCCAGCCGACUGUCGCUCAGUAGUGUUUGAUCGUAUGGACGAAGCCACCAGCAUCUGGGUCAAGGGACGAGAGUUUUCCGUGGAGAGGUUAAUGGGUAAUGCUUAUCCUGAAGAUGCCGCGCGGUAUCGCAAUGGUGCCCUUGGUGUUUUCCGAUUAGCCCCACAGGACUACCAUCGUUUCCACGUGCCCGUAGAUGGAAUCAUGGGUGAACCCAAAACCAUUGAGGGCGAGUACUAUACGGUAAAUCCGAUGGCUAUCCGCUCGGCCUUGGAUGUUUAUGGAGAGAAUGUGCGAGUGCUGGUCCCUAUUGACUCUGUCGCCCAUGGUCGUGUCAUGGUCGUCUGUGUCGGCGCCAUGAUGGUGGGUAGUACAGUCAUCACCCGCAAGGCCGGUGAAAAGGUUUCCCGAGCAGAGGAGCUUGGAUACUUCAAAUUCGGCGGUAGUACGCUGUUGGUAUUAUUUGAGGAGGGAGUCAUCAAUUUUGAUCGUGACCUAGCGGACAACUCCAAGGGACCAUUGGAGACACUGAUCCGAGUUGGUAUGUCAGUUGGUCACAGCCCUGAUAUCCCCCAGCAUGAACCGGACAUGCCCAAGAAAGCAGAGAACAUCACUGCUGAGGAGAUGCAAGAAGCUAAGCGUCGCAUCGAAGGUAGCCUUGCACCUCCACCCCCGGCGACCUGUCUCAAGCGGACGAUGCACUGCAAUGAUCCUGGGAUUGUUGUUUCAACUAUAUAA